AUGGCUUCACCAUUUGGUGCCACUUCUACUGUUGGGCUCAUGGCAGCUCCAACUGGCCUUGUAUCUGACAAGAAGCCAUUUUCGUUAUCAUCUAUCUCCCUUGCCGACAGGCCACGACAUGUGCGCCUUCAGAGGAAAUGCAACUUCAGAGUUAAAGCAGCUAAGGAGCUCUACUUCAACAAGGAUGGCUCAGCCACCAAGAAGCUCCAGGUUGGAGUAAACAAGCUUGCAGAUCUUGUUGGAGUUACCUUGGGACCAAAGGGAAGGAAUGUUGUGUUGGAGAGCAAGUACGGGUCCCCUAAGAUUGUCAAUGAUGGUGUUACAGUUGCAAGAGAGGUUGAGCUGGAGGACCCUGUUGAAAACAUUGGAGCUAAGUUGGUUAGGCAAGCUGCAGCAAAGACCAACGAUUUAGCUGGAGAUGGGACAACUACUUCUGUCGUCCUUGCUCAGGGGCUCAUUGCUGAGGGUGUUAAGGUUAUUGCAGCUGGUGCUAACCCUGUUCAAAUUACUCGUGGUAUUGAGAAAACAGCGAAAGCACUAGUCCUUGAACUUAAGAAGAUGUCGAAGGAGGUAAAAUUAAUCAUUAGGCUAUUAUGCUGUCAAAGCGUUCCUAGUUUUGGCAAUGAGAUGGCUGGUAUAUGUAAUAUGCUUAUUAGUUCUAUUUACGUAGGCAUGUUCUCUCUGCAGGUUGAGGACAGUGAGCUUGCAGAUGUUGCUGCAGUCAGUGCUGGCAACAACUACGAAAUCGGUAACAUGAUAGCAGAGGCUAUGAGCAAGGUCGGACGGAAGGGAGUGGUUACCCUUGAAGAGGGGAGGAGUUCCGAGAACAAUCUUUAUGUUGUGGAGGGAAUGCAGUUUGAGCGUGGUUAUAUCUCUCCUUAUUUCGUUACUGACAGCGAGAAAAUGACCACCGAGUACGAGAACUGCAAGCUGCUUUUGGUUGACAAAAAAAUCACCAACGCACGGGAUCUUAUCAAUGUUCUGGAGGAAGCCAUUAGGGGACAAUACCCAAUCCUGAUCAUUGCUGAGGAUAUCGAGCAGGAGGCUCUUGCAACCCUUGUUGUCAACAAGCUGAGAGGAUCUUUGAAAAUUUGCGCUAUCAAAGCCCCUGGUUUUGGAGAGCGCAAGACCCAGUAUUUGGAUGACAUUGCCAUCCUCACCGGAGGAACUGUGAUCAGAGACGAGGUUGGACUCACACUUGACAAGGCAGAUAGUACAGUUCUUGGAACGGCUGCAAAGGUUGUCCUUACAAAGGAGUCGACCACAAUUGUUGGUGAUGGCAGCACCCAGGAAGAAGUGACUAAAAGGGUUGCACAGAUCAAAAAUCUCAUUGAGGCAGCAGAGCAAGACUACGAGAAGGAAAAACUCAACGAGAGGAUUGCAAAGCUCGCCGGUGGUGUUGCUGUUAUUCAGGUGGGAGCACAAACAGAAACUGAACUUAAGGAGAAGAAGUUGAGAGUUGAGGAUGCUCUAAACGCAACCAAGGCUGCUGUUGAGGAAGGUAUUGUUGUUGGUGGAGGGUGCACUCUUUUGAGGCUGGCUGCUAAGGUUGAUGCCAUCAAGGACACCCUGGAGAACGACGAGCAGAAGGUCGGAGCUGAGAUAGUGAGGAGGGCGCUGUGCUACCCACUCAAAUUGAUCGCCAAGAAUGCUGGUGUCAAUGGCAGUGUUGUUACCGAGAAGGUUCUUUCUAACGACAACUUCAAGUUCGGCUACAACGCCGCCACUGGGCAGUACGAGGACUUGAUGGCUGCUGGUAUCAUCGACCCCACUAAGGUGGUGAGAUGUUGCCUGGAGCACGCCGCGUCGGUGGCCAAGACCUUCCUGACGUCGGACGUGGUGGUGGUCGAGAUCAAGGAGCCCGAGGCCGCGCCCCUCGCCAACCCCAUGGACAACUCCGGCUUCGGAUACUGA